UGCAAACGGACGCUUUAAUACAGAACACGUAAAUGCAGAAAUUCAUACAUUUACGUAGAAGCAGGAAGUGGGUUGAUUUAUCCCAACCGAUGUGUGUCAUUACCAAUCUACAAAACGUAAUUUUAAGCCUCUGCUCGCCGUUAGCGACUGAAUUAUAAGUUCAGUGACUGGAUGGGUUUUACCGAAGUGGUGCUUGGGAGUCGUAAUUGACUUCUCCCAUUGCGUUGUUCGGUAAAUGCGUAUAAUUUUGACUCUUUAUCACCACAACUUCAGAACCACGUAUUUUCCAAAAUUUGUAGGGUGCCGUUACGUUACAACUGCCUGUCGCUUAACGUUCAAUGCAGGAAAUGAGCGGAGAGAUCACCCCUCCCUCUUUCAACAGUGAGUUUUCUGUCACCAUGGUUACAGUGUUAAAUACCAGAGACCGUUGAUAACGCCGCCUGCGAGAGAAAUCGGAAUAUUUAUUGUAACAGAAACAAUGAGCAUAAAUGUCACUCGUACAAUUCCUAAGAAAAAUUAUGCUAAUAAAGUUGUUAUGCGCCAGCGGGUUUAUGACUACUUUUACGAUCCAGUUUACACGGUGUCAUCGCAGGUAGACCAUGCCAGGUCCUGCGUCAAGGCCUAUGCGUCUAAGGACCGAGUAAGAAGAGUGCCUGAGUUUGAGUCUAUGUUCAGUAACUUGCCCCACCAUCCACGGUACACUGUUCAACUGGACCCUGUAGACCCAGUGCCAGUCUUUAUUGAUCGUCGCUGGCGAGGCCACACAGAACAGCGCAGAGGGGCACUCCAGCAGCUGGCUGGGGUUUUUCCAAAUGCUCAACCAUGGCUGAAAAGGGAGGAGCGCCAAGUGACCGGAGCUGAUCGCUGGAAAUACUUUAAACGCCCUCUGAUUCCUUUUGCACAGCAGGUUCCCCCAGAUGUGAUUUUUGCUUUGCCAAAGGAAGACUUUUUAUCCACUGGUGGAAACAAUACUGAGCACCAGCCCACCCACUUUACUGUGGGGGUCCAGACAGACUACAGGGAAAGUGAAGCACAGACAGACCCAUACAGCCCUGAGUAUGUGGUACAACCUGGUACAACUCCCUCAGAGCUCCUGCAACUGGCAGCUUUGACUUGGGGUCGUGGUCUGCCGGCAGGCCUGGCAGAAGUGGAAAUGAUUGAGCGGGCACGUGCCAAACAAGCUUGGGAGGCCACCCUUCCUCCAUUGGAUGACCUUAGUCAGCUUGACAAGAGGAGACGUAUGAUGGAGGAGAUGGAGGCCAAAGAGUGGGCUUUCAGAGAAGGAGAAAUCCAGAAGUUGCAAGAGGCUCGUCUCGCUGUGCUGAAGGACCUCUUGAAGCAGAGAGAUAAGGCCCAGAAAGAUGUUACAAGUGAGAGACUGAACCAGAUAUAUUCUAAGCACCAAAAAGACAAGGAGACCAAACUACACAAGAUUCACAAUGACUACAUUAGGUCACUGAGGAAACUGGAAGCCAAGAGGAGAAACGUGGAGGGGAAGCUUGAGCAAUGUGGCAUUGUCAGAGACUACACAGAUUCUCAGACAUAUACCCUUCAGAUCCGCAGGGACACAUUCACCAACAGGAACACUCGCAACAAUGAGUUAAAAAGCUACUACUUAGACACAUAUGAAGGCUUGCUAGAAUUAGAGGCAGGACUAUCUGCCUCCGUCCUCAAGCCACAGGUGAAAAGACCCAAACCCAAAGUCAACAUCAGCAAGGAUGUGAUCAAGCCCCCUGUGAGCAGAGCAGUAGAACUGAUGAAGAAAUACAAGGCCCUGAGAGAGGAGAAGAACAAGCAAUUGACAAGGAAGUCCUUGCGUUUUCUUGUCAAGAAGGAGAAGCCCGUUCCUCGUCCUGUCACUCCCAGAUUGGAGGAGCCACCAGAGGGGGAUGAGGAGAUAGACCACGCAAUCAUCCAAUUGCAGAAGCUACUGAGAGGAAGAAGCAUCCAAUACGAGAUGUUUAUGGGCAAGGAAAACCAUCUGGCACUCAUCCAGGAACUAAGGACUGUAAAUGCCCUUCAGAGAGAAGAGCAGGAGCUACAGAAAGCUGACAAAGAGCUCGUCAUGACCCUAAAAAUACAGAGAGACAAACAUAGACACAAGACCUCUCAAGAGGAGGCAUCUCAGGCUAGAGUGGUUGGUGAAGAGCUUGAACACCUGUUCGACACCUUGUCCAAGCAGCUGAUUCAUCUCCAGGAAGAGCGAAGGAUCCAUGCAUUUACCCUGCUGGCUGAGAGAGACCGUCGCCUACGAGAGGCUGAGGAGAGUGGGCGGAGGCAGGUGGAGGAGUGCAGACGCAGAGAAGAAGAUGAGAUCUUUAGACAAGUGGUGCAGGUACACCAGGAAACUGUGGAUUUGUAUUUGGAGGACAUCAUCUUAGGGACCUUGGAGCAGACAGCUGACCAGCAGGCCAGAGAAGAGAUCCACAGGAGGGCAAAGGAGGUCAAUGACAUUGCUUAUGCCAUGGAGGAAAGUAGCCGAAAUGAUCUUCAGUCGGAGGAGAUUGUGUCAGAGUUGGUGUACAGUUUCCUUAUCCCAGAGGUGGAGAAGUUCAGCGUCAGACAAAGAGUGCACCAGAGGCAGCAUAGACACUUGCAGGCAGCUCGGAGUAUUAUUCAGGGGACUGCAGAGCAUUCUGGGAUCCUUCCUAGUACUCUGGGGGCCUCUCGGUCAAUCUUUCCCUCUGAAAGAGCUUCCAACCGAGUCCUCAAGGAGAUGAUCAGCCAAGUGGAGCAGAAGCAAGGGAAGGAAGCAGAGCAGUACCACACUCAAACCGAGUAGAGGACUAAAAAUAUAGAAAGUAUGCUGAGAUGCAGACUGAUGUCUAAACUUGUUGUUGACUCAUAUUAGUAAAAUAGAAGUUUUGUAAUAAUCA